AUGCAUGUUCCCUACCAGGAUUGUGUCGCUCUCUCCGUCUACAUCUUCACCUUUCUGCUCGGCCUUCCUGCAAACGUUCUGGUCCUGUUCGUGUACGUACGCAAGGCCCGUAAGCAUGGCGCAACACCCAACGUGGUCUACGCCCUCAACCUGUGCAUGGCGAACCUGGCGCUUGUGGCCUGGUUGCCCGUCAAGGCCGUGGAGACUUUGCUCCAGGAUUGGAGGCUUCCUGCUCCCGUUUGCCCCAUCUACAGCUUCUUCCUCUUCUCCUCGCUGUACGGCAGCUGCCUCUUCAUCACCGCCGUGACCGUCGGGCGCUACCUCAGCAUUGCCUUCCCCAUAGUGUACAAGAGGUACCGCCGCGCUCGCAUCUCCUGCUUCAUCAGCGCUGCUUUGUGGGUCUUUGUGCUUCUUCACCUCAGUGUGGGACUGGUUGCUGAAGGAGGGGCAAACUUCGUCUCUGUUGAUGGGGACAGCUCCGUCUGCUACGACCACUUUAACGCCUCGCAGCUGGCGGUUCUGCUGCCUCUGCGCUUUGAAAUGGCCAUCGUUUUGUUUAUAAUUCCUCUGAUUCUGACGUCCUUCUGCACACUUCGCUGCGUCACCCUGGUGUGGCGAUCAAAUUUGCGCCCCAUUGGCAAGAGAAGGGUCCUGACUGUUGCUCUGUUCACACUGGCUGUGUUCGUGGUCUGCUACGCGCCCUACAACGCCUCUCAUGUCGUGGGGUUUGUGACCAAAAGGAACGUGGAGUGGAGGACGUACGCCAUGCUGACCAGCUCUUGUAACGUUUUCCUGGAGCCGGUGGUCAUGCUGAUGCUGUCGCCGGCUGUUUCAAGAGGAUUCAUGGGGAGGAUGUGCGGACGGCAGAGCCAGUUCAGCCACAGGGAAGGGUGUAGGCAUCGAUAUUACAGCGCCAACGGAGCUGCUAAUGGUCGGGCGCCACCUUCGGUAUCUGAGAGGAGCCACGCGGUGACGAAGGAAAGCCAGGGGUGAGGUCAGAGAAGAGGGAACCUUCUGGACUCAUAUUCAGUGUUCCUCAUUCUGACAGAUGAACCAUGAGAUGAUACAGACUGUGUCUCUUUGUCCGUCUUUUCAAAGGUCCAUCACUCUGUCAUCAGGAUACAAGUUCAGUUCAUUUAAUUCAACAUUGAAAAAAGUGACAAAAAUUUGGGGAAAUUUGAUUCAUUGGGAAGAAAGUCGAGUUUUCAUUUCAGAAUUUUACUGCCUGUGAGGGAGCAGAAGUCCGACCGGAGGACCGACAGGAUUGUGAUGAGUCUCAGUUUUCAUUUACUUCCUAAAGCAAAUAUUCACGGUGAUAACUUCGACCCGUAAAAGAAAGAAUGAAAUUUCUUCCUCCUUUUCUUUGCUGUCAGGAAACACUGCUAAGACAAAACCAGCACAUGAUGAAGUGUCCUUCUUUGUUCACAGGGGGCGCCAAAAAUGUGCACACACUGAAAGUUCCUCACAGGAGCUUUCAAAGAAAAAACACAGGUCUUAUACGACAUUUUGACUCAUCUAGGUGUUUGAAACUGUUCACACAUUUAUGAUAAAUAUAUAUCCUGUAAGUUUGUGUGUUAAUUCAAAUAUUCAUCUGCUUUAAAUAAUCUUGAAAAUAAAGAAUGAAGCUGAGCAUCCUGCACAUGUUGUUUCUUUUCUAUUUAGAGACGACAGAAAAAUGUUUCCUGUCGACGACAACACAAACACACACGCUACAUACACAUGCACACAACAUACAUUCAUUUAUUUAUAAAGACAAAAUACCUGAAUGAGCCGAUUUACAGCAGUUUGGUAAUUUGACUGGCUUUGAGAAAUCAGGAUGAUAAGAUGUUUCCUAGUGAGAGACUGAGUGAGCCAUCUUUCAUCUUUUAUCGUCUUUUACCUUUUUUUUUCUCCUUUUUCUUCUACCUCUUUUACCUCUUUCUUAUUCAGACUUACUGCCUUUUUAGCCUUUGUUUUACUUAUAAUCUUUUCUUAUUUUAUCUCUCAGGUCCUUCAUUGAUUUUAAUGUUUUUUAUUUUCCUUUAUUUUAUUUUAUAUAUACAUAUAUAUAUAUAUAUAUAUAUAUAUAUAUAUAUAUAUAUAUAUAUAUAUAUAAUUAAUUCCACUUCUCAUUUAUAUUACCAUCAUUAUUAUUUUAUUAUGAUUUUAUUAUUAUUAUUAAUAUCCUCUUUUAUACUUACUAGCCUGUUCCCUGCCCUCCUUUUCUAUUUCAUUUUAUGUUUUUAUUUUGGUCCUCAUGGUCCCAUUUAUAUUGUAAGGUUCUUGUAUUGCCUGGUUUUCUUACGAAAAGUGAAACAGGCCUACAAUUCAGAGGCCUGUUUUUAACUGAGCUUUUGUUUUUAUGUGUUUUUAUUUUCAUGUGCUGAUGUUCUGUGCUUGCAACUGUUGUCUAAGCACUUUGUAAACUUCUGUUUUUAAAGGUGCUAUAUAAAUAAAAUUAUUAUUAUUAUUAUUAUUAUUAACAGUUCAACAGUUUUGAAAUCCUGACUGAAUCCAAGAUUAGCAAGCUAAGUUGAACUAGUUACCUCUUACCAACUACAAACUUUUUCACCCAUCACCGAACAUAUGACAAAAUUAAAUUUAGACGCAACAGAACUGAGAAAUGAUUGACUGAAAACAGAGAGAAGAGAAAAAACUCUCUAAAGAAUAAAAACAGCAGCUGACCUGUUUAAAAACGUGCAAGAGGACCAGGCGACAAACACAUCAGCUCUUAAUGUGUCUGUUAAAUUCACCCACAGCUAGUAAAGAUCAUCCAGGGAUCAUUUGGCAGCGAACAGCAGACUGUUAAGACUUUGAUAUUAAAGUUGUUGUUGUGCGGACAGACGGUAUAAAAGCAGGAGGUGGUGGAGCGAUCGGGACACAAACUGGUCAGAUCGAAGAAGAAACGACAACAACGACAAACUACCGGAGAUUAGGACCAAUUCAUCCAGCUGGAUUCUUGAAGUGGAGAAGAUGAUGCUGGAAAUAAGAGACACCAGGUAAGAAGGUGAUGCUCACAGUAAGUUUGGAACUUCAUCCUGUCUGUGAAUCAAACGUCAGAGUUUAGAGAUGACUGUUUUUGGGACUGACUGCCUCUGUCAGGACCUUCAGCUCCACUCAUAGAUUUCCUCAUUCAAAGAUCUUAAAGUUAUUUCUCUCUAUUCUCUCGUUUCUCUGCCCUCUCAUGGGUGAAACAGCCUGAUCCUUUUUUUCUAACAUCCGCCCGCUCUUCGCUGCUGUCAGCACCUUUCACACUGAACUUCAUUUCGCACAUUAUUUCUCGCGUCAUUUCCAGGUUGCUGGGUGAUGUUGUUUGGAGAGGGAGGAAAACAAAGACUGUGUCCUGAAGUUUAUUAAAUUUCCUCUGUUGAGGGCGAGAUAACAGACAUUCAGGAGAAACACGGUCUUUAUUAUAGGUGCAGUCCUCUGAUGUGAUCAGUCUGUCUCCAGGAGGGCAGGCGUGCGGACAGAGAGGACCACGACACGGUGAUGGAGAGUCUGGAGCUUCAUGUUUGACUGAGGUGAGUUUUUAUCACUUAUUGGCGUCUUUUAAUUCAGAUUCAAGUUUGAAGCAGAGCGUUUACAUCCUUUUAAAAAAACUAUUACAGUAAAUUAAAGAUCCUCAGUCUAAGUCCAUUUUUAUUCCUUUUUCUCUAUUUCUGGAAGAACUUUUGUCACAAUUUAGAUCCAAACCAAAAAAGGAAAAAAAAAGUUUCAGUGUUUUCAGAACUCAGAGAUGGUUUCUGUUUUCUGCAAAAGUCGAGUAAAUACCAAUUAAAUCUAAACAAACACUCGUCUGCAUCUGAUUAAUACGACCGCUCUGAGAGAGACAAAAUCAACUUUGAACUUAUUAAAAUAAAACAACUUCCAUUAACAGUCACUUUAUUUCUUUAAAAUUAUGACCUGAUGUCCUGAACCAAAGCACAGACUGAAGGCAGUCAGGUCAGGCAGAGGUAUUCAAAACAUGAGCCGGAAGGAAAGAUAAUAUGGGAUAAUAUAGACAAUAACUCUGAAUAAAUGCUGUUCAAGACAUGAAGUGCAGCAGACUCACGAGAAGACGGUGAGACAUACAAGAUAAAAUACAAGAGGGGUGAUGGGAAACAGGUGUGAAGAGAGAGAGAGGAACAAAUACAGAAAAUAAAAACAAGGUGAUAAAACAGGAAAUACAUGAAACAAAACAUGACUGUGCAGAGAUAAACUUCACCAACAUGACGGCAGAUUUCUGUCAUUUUAGUUUUUAACUGUUUUCUCCAACAACUUGGUCUCUGAACAUUCAGGACGUUUUUCCAUCUCCUGUUUUUGUUUGUUGUCGUGAGUCUAAAACUCAUUUUCCUUUAUUGUUUUUUUAAUCUUAAGUUUUUGUCCUCCUCUGCUGUCAUAGAUGCUGUGUACUGUGGGGUCAUGGUGUCACACAGCAGCAGCUCUUUUCUUCAUGAAUGUUCAGAAAUCAUUGCCUGAUGCGCCUCCUCUCUUCGUAGUGUCUGGGAGUCUUUGGGCGCCAUGCUGUGCUAUCAGCUCGUCCUCGCGGUCUACAUCGUCACCUUCCUGAUGGGGGUCCCUGCCAACAUCCUGGCCUUUUGCACCUUUUGCCGUAAAGUGCGGCGUAAAGCCGCCCCGAUAGACGUCCUCCUCCUCAACCUCACCAUCUCAGACCUCAUCCUCCUCGCUUUCCUGCCUUUCAAAAUGAAGGAGGCCUCUGAUCAAAUGGCGUGGUUGCUGCCCUACGCCCUGUGUCCACUCUCUGGUUUUGUCUUCUACGUCACCAUCUACAACAGCACCCUGCUGCUCACCGCCGUGAGUGUGGAGCGGUACCUGGGAGUGGCCUUCCCCCUCAGGUACUCGGCGUGGCGUAGACCUCGUUACGCCGUGUUGGCCAGCUUCAUUUUCUGGGUGGUGACCUGCCUGAACCUCACCAUCGUUUACUUCAUACCUUACGUCCAGUGGAGUAAAGGCGUAGACAACUACAGCGACAACAGCAGCACUCUUGACAGUCCUGCUCCACCUCCACCCACCUGCUACCUGGACUUCACCGAAGACGAGCUCCGCAUCAUCCUGCCGGUCCGCCUGGAGCUCUUCCUCGUUCUUUUCUGCAUCCCUUUUCUCAUCUGCUCCUUCUGCUACGUCAACUUCAUCCUCAUCCUGUCCCGCCUGCCAAACAUCAGCCGGCGGCGGAGGCUGCGGGCCAUCGGCCUGGCUCUCGGUACACUGAUCGUGUUCGCGGUCUGUUUUGGGCCCUACAACGCCUCCCAUGUGGUGGGGUUCGUCCGUAAGGAGAGCGAGGAGUGGAGGAACAUCGCUCUGCUCUCCAGCACCUUCAACGCCUGCCUGGACCCGGUUAUCUUCUACUUCUCAUCGGCGGCUGUCAGGAGCAUGUUGAGACUCUGCUGCAGGAACGUCAUGGCGAAGCUGCACAUCCUGAGGUGUGAAGGGGCCCCUCAGCCCCAGAGGCCCCCAAAGACUGAGAAAUACAUAGAAGCACCUGUUCCUUGA